AUGAUGCGAGGCGUUACACUUUACAGGGCAAACUUUAGAGUAUUUGAAGACGAUGUGACGCGGAGAGAAAAAGUGUCCUGUCGAUGCCUGCCUCAAGCACACACACAUUAUCGGCAGUAUCCCGUCGUGGGAGUUGAUAUCCAGAAUAGUCUAGCGCAACAGCAUAGUCUAGCGCAACAGCAUAGUCUAGCGCAACAGCAUAGUCUAGAGCAACAGCAUAGUCAACGUCAACAGCAUAGUCUAGCGCAACAGCAUAGUCUAGCGCAACAGCAUAGUCUAGAACAACAGCAUAGUCUAGCGCAACAGCAUAGUCUAGCGCAACAGCAUAGUCUAGCGCAACAGCAUAGUCUAGCGCAACAGCAUAGUCUAGCGCAACAGCAUAGUCUAGCGCAACAGCAUAGUCUAGCGCAACAGCAUAGUCUAGCGCAACAGCAUAGUCUAGAGCAACAGCAUAGUCUAGAGCAACAGCAUAGUCUAGAGCAACAGCAUAGUCUACGUCAACAGCAUAGUCUAGAGCAACAGCAUAGUCUAGAGCAACAGCAUAGUCUAGAGCAACAGCAUAGUCUACGUCAACAGCAUAGUCUAGAGCAACAGCAUAGUCUAGAGCAACAGCAUAGUUUAGAGCAAUAG